AUGACAGAUAUUUCGGUGCGCACUAAGGUGUUGAAGCUGCUGGUGCAGCUUCAUUACCAGUUCUUGAAGUUAGAUCUUAGAAAGGUUCAGUUGAAAGGGUACGUUCCGGCUUUGUUGCGACAUUGCUGGACGCUAUUACGUAGUGCUGAUGUAUCAGACUCCAGGAAUCGCGGGUUCAAACGGCACGCACGGUUUGUGAUAUGGGCGUUUGCUGCUAUAUGCGGGGGUUCCGGGAUAUCGCUGGCAAUUGCAGUGAAUAGAGUGAUCAAGAUUUGUACGCGGAGAAGGACGCGGAAUUUGGUUAGUUCCAGCGCCAAGAACCAGAAUCUGCAGAAUGGGACGCGGGAGUUGUAUAUAAAGGAGGAUGGAGGGAAGGAGAAGAAAGUGUUGGUUGUGCCGACGGAUAGUGAUCAAUACGAGCACGAUAGAUAUCUUUUCAAGAAUUUGGGGAACAACGUGGAGUCGCAGUUGUUCAGCUCGAAGUUCUUGCAGCAGUUGAACGUUCUUUCUCCAAUUUUGAUACCCAAGUUCUUGCACAAGAACAGUUUGUUGUUGGCAUCGCAGAUAUUCUUUCUCAUUUUGAGGACGUGGUUGUCGUUGAUGGUGGCUCGGUUGGACGGUCAAAUAGUCAAGGAUAUUAUUUCUAGAAGACCGAAGAGGUUUGCGUAUGAUAUGACGUGCUGGUUGCUAAUCGCGUUUCCAGCCUCGUAUACGAACAGUGCGAUCAAAUAUAUUCAGCGGAAACUAAGCUUGAAUUUCAGAUUACGGUUGACAAGGUACAUCCACGAUAUGUAUCUUGAUAAACGGUUGGUUUUCUACAAGACGUCCUUUGAUCACGAAGCAACAAAUUCGAUAAUUCGCAACAUUGAUAAUUCGAUCACAAAUGACGUCCAGAAGUUCUGUGACGCUAUCACGAAUGUUUUCGCCAACAUCGCCAAACCUAUGAUAGAUUUGAUCUUCUUCUCGAUAUUUUUGAGAGACUCUUUGGGAACGUUAGGUGUGGCCGGUAUCUUUUUCAACUACUUUUCGACGGGGUAUAUUCUCAGGAAAUACUCGCCGCCAUUGGGCAAGUUUGUAAGCCUAAAGUCGAAGUCAGAAGGUGACUAUUACAAUUACAAUUUGAAUAUGAUUAAUAACAGCGAGGAAAUUGCAUUUUACCAGGGUACUGAGGUUGAGCACUCUAAAGUAAACGAAUUGUACGAUAAAUUGAUGGACCACAUGUUACUUGUAGAUCGUUCGAAAGUGGAGUAUAAUAUUGUAGAAGACUAUAUCUUGAAAUACACUUGGUCAGCUUGGGGUUACGCAUUUGCAUCUAUUCCAAUAGUAAUUCAAACGUGGGCCUCUGAUGCUGUGAAUGAAUCUGGCAAUAUGAAAGAGUUCAUCAUGAACAAAAGACUAAUGCUAUCCCUUGCAGACGCCGGAACAAGGUUAAUGCAUUCCAUCAAAGAUAUCUCACAACUAACCGGGUAUACGAAUCGGAUAUUUACUUUGCUAAAAGUCCUUCAUAGAGUGCAUGACAGUAACUUUGAUUACGGUGUUUUGCAUGAUGGUGAAGAACCAUCGGCGGCAGAACUAAAUUCUAUAAUUGGCAAUGGUGUCACCAAGUCAUCGCCCGCCAUUAGAGGUACUGUACAACAUGACUUUGGGGGAAUCAGGUUUGAAAAUAUUGAUAUCAUUGUACCGUCUUCGAAGGGUGUCAACGGUUCUUUGCUAGUUAAGAGUUUGACUUUCCAAAUACCGCAGGAAAUCGCCCCAGAACCAGCAUCCUCAAAACAAAUUUCCUUGACCAAUAUACGUGAUCCCUUUGAUGCCUCCAAAUUGAUUAAUCAAAGAGGUAUGGGGAGUAGUUUAUUGAUUUUGGGCCCUAAUAGCUGUGGGAAAAGCUCGAUUGAAAGAAUAUUGACCGAAAUUUGGCCAAUAUACAAUAAAAAUGGUCUACUAUCAGUUCCACCAGCUCAUGACUUGUUUUGCGUUCCUCAAAGGCCAUAUUUUACUCAAGGAAGCACUUUUAGAGAUCAAAUAAUAUAUCCUAUGUCUUAUGAAGAGUUCUACGAAAAAGGGUUCAAAGACAGUUAUUUAAAACAGAUUUUGAGAGAGGUUAGAUUGGAUUACUUGCUAAAGAGAGAUCGAGGUUUGAACUACUUUGAUGCAGUCACUGAUUGGAAAGAUAUAUUGAGUGGUGGUGAAAAACAAAGGGUUAAUUUUGCAAGGAUAAUGUUUCACCGGCCAAGAUUUGUGGUUUUAGAUGAAGCGACAAAUGCAAUCAGCACUGACAUGGAAGAUCAUCUUUUUACCAUGUUAAAGAGGUAUAGGUUUAAUUUCAUAUCCAUCUCACAGAGGCCUUCAUUGAUUAAAUAUCAUGAUUAUUUGUUGGAAUUAACCUCUGGUACCAACUGGAACUUGCAAACCUUAGGUUCUGAUGAAGCCAUUCUCACAAUUGAGCAUGAAAUUGACUCCAUCCAACAAAAGUUGUCCAAUGUGAAAAGUUCGGAGAAGCAAAGGGAUGAAAUACAAAGAAAGUUGAAUAUGAUGUAA